AUGACUUCCACAAUCGGCAUCCCCAUCAAGCUCCUCAACGAGGCUCAGGGCCACAUCGUCACCCUCGAAAUCACCUCGGGCCAGACCUACCGCGGCAAGCUCCUGGAAGCCGAGGACAACAUGAACGUCCAGCUCAAGGACAUCACCGUCACCGCCCGCGACGGCCGCGUCUCCCAUCUCGACCAGGUCUACAUCCGCGGCUCCCACGUCCGCUUCUUCAUCGUCCCCGACAUGCUCCGCAACGCACCCAUGUUCCGCUCCCGCAACGUCCGCGGCCGCGGUGUCGGCAUGGCCCGUGGUCGCGCAACCGUCAGCAGGGCCCGCGCUAGUGGUCGUGGAGGCAGGUAA